AUGGCUCGGCCGACAGUCAUCUCAGCGUUCACACAGCCAACCAAUCGAUUCGGAGAAAGAUGGCGCAAUUGCGCAUCCCCUCCCACCAUCCCCUUCCAUCAUGACUUCGUGUCUACUUUCGAGAGCCUAGCGUACUGCAACGUGGUCUGGCAUUCACAGAGAUCAUCUGGGACUGCCGUUUUGGACGUCACCAUACUCAAUCGAGAGCGGACCCACCAUGACGCUUUUGUCCAUGUCCAGAAGCGGUUCAUCUCCCGACGAACCCUUCGAUCCUCUCAUACCUACUAUAUAGUUGGAGAGCCCAUCCCGUCAGGCCGCAAGAGGAACUACAUGAGUCCCCGUGCCAUAUACUUCAAUGUUGAUUCACAAGCUCCUAGUGACUGGUUAGAAUCGAUUCCAAUCCAGGUCCCAAUCUCACAUACACUGGCAAACUUGCUUCGCGCUCGAAUCUGA